AUGCUUCUCGAUUGCAAGAAGAACGAGCUCGGGCCGAUGGAAGAAUAUAAGGACUGGGGAAUCAUGUCGCCUCAUAGGCUCAUUCGAGUUUGGAUGGCUUCCGAGUAUGUGGUGAAGUCUACUGCUGCGAGCACUGUAGUGGACGAGAGUUUGCGGACCAGCACUGCGAGGAGUAAAGGAGGAUCAGUAAGAGCACAGAGGAGCAGAAAGCGUCGAGAGCAGGAACAGUUGGGCGCUACGUAUUCGGCGUGGUUCUUCAUCAUCAUCACAUUGAAGUAG